AUGGGUGUUAGUUUUAAUGUUACUUUGAAGAGCUUUAUUGUGUUGUUCAGCUUAUUUAUUACAGUAUCACCUGCACAUUUUCGGCACCGUAUUUUCCGAGACGGAACAAACGACGACGACAGAUGGAUUUGGGGAUACGAAACCACGUCAAACGAUACUGCUACUUCAGCCCCAGUAACAGACCCAGUGCCUGCAAAUAUCACAAAAAACGAUGUAUGUCAACCGUUCGACCCACCAAUGCCAGAUUUUAGCAAAACAGGGCGAAGAAUAAGUGAAAUAAAAUGUUACGAAUAUAUUUGGCAGUUAAGAGUAAGACACGAAAGGAGAACAAGAGCAACUAAAUGUAUAUUCGAGCUAUCAAGAAGUUCAGAUCCUAAUAAACCUAUCGCUGUUGAAGCCAUAGGAGGACACGAUACCGAACCAGGGGAAUUUCCACAUAUGGGCGCCUUAGGAUGGAAGGCGGCGACAGGAACUUGGGUGUUCAAAUGCGGCAGCUCACUCAUCAGCUCCAAGUUUGUGCUAACAGCAGGUCAUUGCUCCCAAGCUUCUAUAAGAGACACAUCUAUUGCUGAUCCUGUGCCUAAGAUAGUGAGACUGGGAGACAAGAACAUUGCUGAUGUGUAUUCGCACGGCGUUUUACCAACUGAUGCUAAGAUCCUCAAAAUAAUAGUCCAUCCAAAGUAUUCACCUCCGAAGAAGUACUAUGAUAUCGCUCUUGUGGAGCUGGAGAAGAACGUACGUUUCACCAAGUUCAUCCAACCAGCUUGUUUGUGGAACAACUUUGAUACUUCUGCCCUUGGAACAGAGGCUAUGUUGACUGGAUGGGGUGUAGUGGAAACUAAUGGCCGAAAGACCUCUCCUGAGCUGCAAGAAGCAGUAGUAGACCUGAUAGACAGUGAGACCUGCGACCGUCUGCUGAGACCGUCCUGCAACAGGAACUGGUGUGGAGUAAGAAAAGAACAGCUCUGUGCUGGAAAACUUGAAGGAGGAGUCGAUGCCUGUCAGGGUGAUUCCGGUGGACCUCUCCAAGUGCAAAUUCCCAUCCCAAUUACAACGGAAGGUUUGAUGCACUAUGUAGUUGGUGUGACGUCAUUCGGCAUUGGCUGUGCACUACCCAACCUGCCUGGAAUCUACACCAGAGUUUCCAGCUUCUUGGACUGGAUCGAACCUAUUGUUUGGCCUCAACCUAUUGAUAGUAAUAAAAUAUUUUUUGAUUACGUUCUGUUUUUUAAUCUUUGA